AUGACGACUGUGCUGAAUAUUGAGACGAUUGGCGAGGCGAGACCAAUUCCAACGUUUGAUCUCAACUAUGACAAGACAAGAACGAAAUCUGUUUGCUAUACAAUUCCAGAAACCGAAAGCAUUGUCUCAGAGCCGAAUCUCGCUCAAAUAAGGAGUCGCCGCUGCUGGAACUUCUGGCUUUUCGUUUACGUGGUGAUCACAAUCGGCAUUCUCGGACUUUUCGGAUACAUUUUGAUUCGAGCCACUCAUCUCUUCGCCUACAGUAAUCUACAUUUGUACGAU